AUGGAUGAGGAUAGAGGAAAGGCAAGCUCCAUUUGCAGUAAAAGUAUAGUUGAGCGGCUGCAGGAAGAGGUGAGAGAUGCUAAAAUAAGGAUACUGUCGAGCUUAAAGCGAAAUUCAGAAGAAGAACGAAAGGCAUGGAAUGCAUUUUCUGCUUCUCUUAAGGAGGAGUUUCCAAACUAUACGCCAUUGCUUACGAAAAUUCUAGAAGGCUUAAUUGCAGGAGGUUCUGACGAAGACAAUGUCCAUCAUAACCAAGAGUCCAAUAUUGAGGGGAAAAUUGGUGCAGGCUGCCUGCAGAUGGUUAAAAGAAAGAGGGGGCAUGGGGAGAGGGAGAGUGGGAGUGAGAGAGAAGAGCAGAAAAUUAAAUGGGAGAAAGAAAGCAUGAAAAUACAUCAUCUGGAUCCAACAGAGAAAGAGAAAGGAGGAAAUUGGGUUAUCUGA